AUGUCAAACCUCCGACGCUCUCUUCAAAACAAGGCAAGCAACGGCGGUCUCUCCCCCACACGCUCCCCCGCCGUCGCCAUGGCCCCGCCCCGCAAGGUUAUCAAAGCCCUUUACGACUACGACUCCCAGCAGACCCAGGAACUCUCUUUCUCCAAGGGCGACUUUUUCCACGUCGUCGGCAACGAGGACGACGAGGACUGGUACGAGGCCUGCAACCCCAUCACAGGCGCCAGAGGCUUUGUCCCAGUCACUUACUUUCAGUCUUUGGAAAAGACUGGCACCUCCGGUCCACCUCAGAGGCGUCAAAGGAACAGCAACCAGAGCUUCGAAGACACUGGCAACGAUUCUGGCUCCUUUACCGAUCUUUCUCCUCACCAUUACCAACAACAACAGCAGCAACAACAACAUUAUCAGCACAGUCAUUCUCUCUCAAACGGUGGUGGCGCCGUUGGUGGCGUCUCCUCUGCGUCUUCAUCGGCAAUGUCUCAAAAAGGCGCCUCCUCUCCUACCCUUCCAAAGUGUCAGCCCCUGUACGGCAUUGUCUUGUACGAUUUUGGCGCCGAGAGAGCGGAUGAGCUUGACUGCAAAGUGGGCGAUGCGAUCCUGGUCAUUGCCCAAUCGAACGAGGAAUGGUAUGUCGCCAAGCCGAUUGGACGUCUGGGUGGUCCUGGGCUCAUCCCUGUGAGCUUUGUUGAGAUCCGAGAUAUGGCGACUGGAAAAGCUAUCAACGUCCCCGAGAUGCUUCGACAGACUGGAACGGCAAUCCCGCGCGUGGAAGAGUGGAAGAAGCAGACAAUGGAUUACAAAGCCAACAGUAUUCCUCUAGGACGCAUUGACGACCAGCAACAACAACAUCCACCACAUCAGCAACCUGCACCAGUUCAACAGCAAGUUCAGCAGCAACAACAGCCUUCUCAUGCCUCGGGGCUGGGCAUGCAUCCGCAACACUUUAUUCAGCAACAGCACCAACAGAGUACUGGACCAACGAUUCAGCAGCUCAAGAACAAAAUGUCUAGAGGCGACCUCAAAUCUCAACAGAGCACGAGGGACCUGGGAGUAAGGAGGAGACCCUCUCAAGAGGAUAUUGGUCGUCGUGUGGAUUCUUCCAACGGAGCAACGGCUCCACUGGGCUCUGCUCGAUCUCACCACAACGACACAUACGACGACAACAAUGGCCAUGCAGACCACCCAAGUCGCAUCAUCAACGCCUCGGUCGAGUCGUUCCACCAUGAAGACGAUCAGUAUUGGUUCACUGUUCGCGUCGAAUUGGCCUCUGGCGCGAGUCGAAACCUAUUCAGACUGUACGAGGACUUUUACGACUUCCACAUUGCCCUUCUGGAAGAGUUCCCGGUCGAAUCUGGACGAGUGGGCGACCAGCCUCGGAUCCUGCCCUUCAUGCCGAUUCCCUUGCAGGUUGUAACGGAUACUGUCUCGGCUUCUCGAAGGUCCGAUCUGGAUGGCUAUGUCCAGGACCUGUGCAAGUUGCCGUCGAGGAUUACGCUGCACCAUCUGGUGGAACAGUUAUUUGCAGUCAGGGAAGGAGAUACGGAGACACCCGCAGGCGCUGCGAAUGGAAACGCACACGGAAAUGGACAUGGAAACGGCACCUCUGUCUCUGGAGGACUCAAUUCGCCCUCAUUGGGACGGUCUGGUCCCAGCAAUGGAUCUUCACUGCCAAGCAAUGUUCGAGAACAGGAGCGACGGACCUCGCCGGCGGCCAAUGGAGGAGGAACCCGCGCGGUCUUUUCUACCAGGAAUCAGGGUCAACGCAGCUAUGGCGAUGAUUCGCCCUCGGGAGGCGUGUCGCCUAGUAUGCGUUCACAAGCACAGUUCCCUGGUUCCAAUAAUGCGCUAUCUGUAGGAGUUGGAGGGCUGAGUGGAUCUGCGUCUUCGGAAGAGAUGAUCAAGAUCAAGAUCUCGUACCACGAAGACAUUAUGGCGAUGAGGAUACCGGUGUCGAUCUCGUUCCGGUUGCUGCAACAAAAGAUCUUUGAGCGUCUGCAUUUGGAUCAUAAGGACCUUAGCUACCGAGACGACCGUGGCGAUUUUGCGACGAUCCAGAACGAUGGCGAUGUCCGAGACGCCAUUGACCGCAGUGGCGGCAAGUUGAUGAUUUAUGUUGACUAA